AUGUCGAAACAUGUUGAAGGUGUGAUAUUUGCCCUGCUCCUCCCCACGCUUCUCGUCAUAUUGCAACUAUGUGAAAACUCUAUACAAUCAAUUGCCAUUGGAGGUGGUAAAAUUUCUGGAAAUGUUGAAUUUCCGUUUAUGGUUUCCAUUCAAUAUAGAUUUGAUUCGGGAGAAUUUAAUCACUUUUGUGGAGGAUCUAUUAUUUCUAAGCAACACAUUCUAACAGCAGCUCAUUGUUUCUAUUCGAAAGGAGAGCUAAUUUCUAUAGAAAGAUUGAGGAUUAGAUAUGGAAGUUCCGAUUUAUCUUCUAAUGAUUUAUUGGAAAUUAUCAUUUCUGAUCUGUUUAUUCAUCCAAAUUUCACAUUAGAAACUAACCGAAAUGAUAUUGCCAUUGUGAAAACAAUUAAUGAAUUGGAAAUCAACAACUCAACCACUCGUAUAGCAUUCUUAGAAUCAGAAACUAUACCUAAUGGAUUUAAAUUGAUUGCAGUUGGAUGGGGAUUUUACAAUGAACAACAAACUUCAUUUUCAAACAAAUUAAGAAGAGCAAGAAUUCCACUCACUUCAUUGUUGAAUUGUAAUGGAAUGGGAUUGAGAGCUAAUUCUCCAAAUCAAUUAUGUGCUGGCGAUGGAGGUGGUGCAGAUACUUGUAUUGGAGAUAGUGGAGGACCAUUAUUUAGAUUUGAAGGACUUUUUGAUUUUGCAUUGGUUGGAAUUAUCAGUUAUGGAAGAGAUGUUAAAUGUGGCUCAAUGAAUAGUUUGACAGUUUACACAAAUAUUUCACAUUACAAUCCCUUUAUUGUAAAUGUUAUUGGAAAUGUAACAUUUUCUCCCUUUGAUCCAAAUGCCAAUUACAAUAGAGCACUAAUCAAUCACUCAAUUAUUUUACAACUUUCUUAUUGGAUUAUUGGUUUAUGCCUUUUAUUUCAAACCAUUACCUGA